AUGGCAAGCAACAGGGACGCCACCCCCGACCGCGCCGAGGUCUCGACCCCAACACCUGUGGGCGGCUCGGGUACGGCCUUUGCGACGUCUCCGGCGGCGUCGGCCGUUUCUGCAGUGUCCGCCACCAGUGCCGCGUCAGCCCCACCAUUCAUCAGUAAGGACGACUCGGGAUAUAACGCCCUCGCGGCACGUGUCGCUGCCAACGAGGCCGCCGUUGCACUCCUACAGACGCACGUUGCGCAGCUCGCCAACGCCGUCAAGACUGCCCUUCCCUCAUCUGCCCUGCCCAACGGCUCCCUCUCGGGGAUUGGCGGUGGACGUAUGUUCUCGCCCUUUGACACAGCUACGCCCACUCUCUCCCCGACGUCUGCUUCCAUGGGUGGUCGCUCGUCCACAGGCGAGGGAAACGAGAUUGCCGCCCUCACGCAGCAGAUCGCAGCUCUGUCCACGAGCGUCACACAACUGCAGCGGCUUCAGGCGCAGAACAACGCGGGUGGGAGUGGACCACAGCUCGGAAUGGGGCAGACCUCUGGCCUCCCGAACGGGCAUUCGCACCACGGCGACCCCCGCAUGUUUGCAAGAAUGAGCAUGCCUCCACUCGAAUCACCCAUUGGCGGCCCGCUCUCGCCGCACGGCCAUCUCUCUCCCAGCCGUGACUUUGGAGGACCCCGAACGCCUGUAAACCGCUCGUUCGGCUCGAGCCUUCUCAACGAUAGCAUCGACAAUGGCAUGUGGGGCGCUCCCGGCGGUGGCAAGUACGGCUGUGGAGGGGGUGCUGGUGGAGGCCGAGAAUGGGUGCCUAGCCCCGGCGGCCACCUACAGAACCAGCGCGAGCAGGGUGGCAGUGGCAUGAACAACAACAGCGCAGCCGCGCCCGGAGCAGGCAUCGUCGUCACAAAGUGGGAGCACUUACAGCUCAAGUCCGAUCUGCUGCGCUCGAUCUCCAAAUAUGGUAUUGGCCCUCCGAACAAGAUUCAGGCCCGUGUCCUUCCGUUCAUGCUCAAGGGCUCGGAUAUCAUUGCGCAGGCGCCUCCCACCCAGGAGCGCAUCAUAUCCUAUGUGAUCCCGGCGCUCCAGCUGUGUCUGACCCUCGCGCCCAUGAAAGGCUCAUUCCGUGGACCGUCCGUCAUCAUCAUCACCACGACUGUUGAUCAAGCCACCCAGUGUCACAAACUCAUUCGCAACGUUGGUGGUCCUCUGGGCGUCCGUGCUGCACUGGCUGCUGGUGCGGCCGGAUCGAGCUCUCUCCCCAACGAGGUCGCGAACAUGCAGCGCGACGCGAUCCAAAUUUUGAUCGGAACGCCGGCUAAGAUCAACGAGAUUAUGAAUGUCAGGAGUGGCGGCUUAUCAGGAGCCGAGUGCCGACUCCUUAUCCUCGACGAGGUCGACCAGCUAAUUGCGCGCAACCUGUACGAGAAUGUCCUGAGCGUUGCUCGGCUCCUCCCCUCCCCUCGCCGCGGCGGUGCUGGUCCACUCACCCCGGGCGGCUUCUCGACUACCGUUGGCAGCCCCUUCGACAACGGCGCCCACUCUCCAUUUAACCCACAGAGCAAGACGCCUUUCCCGUCGGCUCAGCCGUCACGCUUCGGGACCCCUGGCCCCAGUGGGCAGGCACCAUCCUCGUCGUCGCCAGUCGAUCGUCAGACGUGCAUCUUCUCGAACACGAUCCCGACAGACGUCAUCAACUUUUCGAACCAGUUACAGGUCCGCGACCCAGUCCGCGUCCUCGUACGCCGCGAGGGCUCAACCAACUCGCAGGAAUCGGUGUCGUCGAUCAGCCCCGGCCUCAACGUCAAGCACACAUACGUCUACCUUACGAUCACCGGGUCGGCGCGUUCCGAAGAGCAGUCCACGGACGCUGGACCAGGCACCAUUGGUUCUGGUCGCGCGAACGCGGGCGGGAUGAGCGAGGAAGCAGCACGCGCCAAGGAAUACAAGCUCGACACGCUCGUCAAGAUGCUCGACGACUACCCACUGUGGCAGGCGAUCAUCCACGUCGGCUCUUACUCAAUGCUCGAAGCGGUCGUGUACAAGCUCUCUGGGCGGCAGUGGGAGACACUGUACCUCUCGCCCGACAUGCCGCAGGGCCAGAAGAAGACAAUCCUGCAGCAGUGGCGCAUGAGCAUUGCUGGACAGGGCCCGCGCUUCCUCGUGUGCUUCGAUGUCAACCCCAAGCCGCCUGAGAUCCCUUGGGCGCCACUCGUCAUCAACUUUGACCUGCCACGAUCGGUUGAGGGCUACGCGCUGCGUGCCGCCGCCGCCGUGCCGCCCUCGUCCCGGCAGGGACAGGCACCGCCUGUCAACGGCGUCAUCGUCAGUUUUGUUCAAGCUGCUGGCGGUGACGUUGAGAUGCUGCGCUCGACCGAGUGCGCGUACCGCUUCAAGUCGGCCGAGAUUCCUUCCGUCUUCCACGACUUGUUUCAACACUAA